GCACAAGCUUACUGCAGGAGGUGGUCUACCUGGUGAGCCAGGGGGCUGACCCUGAUGAGAUCGGCUUGAUGAACAUUGACGAGCAGCUGCCAGUCCUGGAGUACCCACAGCCGGGCCUGGACAUUAUCAAGGAACUGACGUCUCCCCGCCUCAUCAAGAGCCACCUGCCAUACCGCUUCCUGCCCUCCGACCUGCACAACGGUGACUCCAAGGUCAUCUACAUGGCACGCAACCCCAAGGAUCUGGUGGUGUCCUAUUAUCAGUUCCACCGCUCCCUGCGGACUAUGAGCUACCGAGGCACUUUCCAGGAAUUCUGCCGGAGGUUUAUGAACGAUAAGUUGGGCUACGGCUCCUGGUUUGAGCAUGUGCAGGAGUUCUGGGAACACCGCAUGGACUCGAACGUGCUUUUCCUCAAGUAUGAAGACAUGCACCGGGACCUGGUGAUGAUGGUGGAGCAGCUGGCCAGAUUCCUGGGGGUGUCUUGUGACAAGGCCCAGCUGGAGUCCCUGAUCGAGCACUGCCACCAGCUGGUGGACCAGUGCUGCAACGCUGAGGCCCUGCCUGUGGGCCGAGGAAGAGUUGGGCUGUGGAAGGACAUCUUCACCGUCUCCAUGAACGAGAAAUUUGAUUUGGUGUAUAAACAGAAGAUGGGAAAGUGUGACCUCGUGUUUGACUUUUAUUUAUAAUAAAAGAAACAGCAAACUUGCAUGCUUACAAUACCCAGACACUCUACUAGCUAAAAGUCCUGUAUGCAUUCAUGUAUUACUUGCUGGACAACUGUGGAAGCAAUGUAAAACAGCAGAGGGAAGGAAACCGGAGAAAUGGGAGGAAGUGUGUGAUUUCUGAUCCAAAGCAGCUGUCUGGCCUUUAGAGUUUGAAGUCUCUACAUGUCUGAUGACAAACAUAUAAAACUGCAGCUCCGAUGGCCUGCACCAUAAGUAUAAAGUCUGUAACACAUGCAGCUGGAAUGUCUGCCUUUUACAACCCCAUAUAAUUUAUUGUAUUUUAUAGAGCUUUUCACUGGGAAUCUAAAUAAAUGUCAGUAAACCAAA